AUGGCAUGUCGUGUUUCGGAUGGUCUAUUUACAGGGAGGCUGGCAGAGCUACCGACCUUAAUCAGCGGCCUAGUUGGCGGUGUUAUUAGAACGGUUGCUGCGGUGAACGUUCCCGCGAAAGGAGAGCGAACCCCUCGCUCAGCCCCCAGUAGAGAGUGAAGUGUGGGUUGCGGGAAACUGUACGAGUCUGCACGCGAACUCGACGGGCUUGUGCAGCAAUUUACCUUCAUUAUGGGGAAGGCUGCAAGCUCCGUGAGAGUCGGUGUGGAGCACCUUGACCGUUGCCCGGCUGAAGGUAAACUCCCUUCGUGCCCCUGUUUGAUAGACAGGUGCAAGUUUGACCAGGGUAUUGACGCCGGCGAGCAGGAAGCCGAGUACCUUCUAAGGGGCAACAAGCUUGCUCUGGAGGCCUUCUUGGAAGGUGCAAAGGUGGACGCAGCCCGUAUCAUGAUCCUUGUUGAGGGCAGCAAAGAUACAGUCCUAGGGAACAUUCCCCAUACCCAGGAGAAACUAAGCCAAACCUAUGCCUCAUUCUUCAGGGGCUAUCAGGAAAACAGCCGCUCUCCUGGCUAUUCUGCUUCCUACCAGACUGUUCCCUAUGGACAAUGGAAAAGAGUUCGAGGUAUCGAUGUCUACUCCCCCGAGGCGCACGGUAUGGUCAGCUGUACAUACAACCCGCUUGAGUGUGGUACGUUCCAAACGUGCAUUUGCAUGAGGGGACCCACAAUCCUUAGCGUUUUUCAGGUAUCUUGGCAUGAUUUUUCUACUUCUUGUGAAGCAACUGCUAGAUCCUCGCAGUUUCCCUUAGACGCAUCCUGUUCAAUGGUUCUGGACAUCUCCUGCAAGAACUUGAGGCUUCUAGCCCCCUACCCUGAUGCGCUAGAGACGGAUUUGUUGACAGACGGUCGCACAGGAGUAUGA